CGCAAGGGGGUCGGGCACGGAGGCUCUAGGAACCGGGGAGCAGCGAUCGGAGCCGGGCGGCGUGACGUGACGGCUCCCCGCUGCUGCUUUAGCUCGUGCGGGCUUCCGAGGAGAGAGGGCGACGGCUGAGGGGGUCGUCGGAGCAGCGGGCGCCGGCCGAGGGCGCGCCAAAGGGGGGUCGCUGGCUGCGGCGAUUUCUCUGCCCGUCGCGCUCUCUUGGCCUCUCCCUCUCCAUCGGCGGGCUUUGGGGGGCUCUCGGCGUCGGGGUCCCGAUCCCCGCCCCCCCGCGGUAUGUCUUGAUCCCCCUGAUCGCGGCGGGGUUCAUGGGUCUCCUCCGGAGCAUGAUGCCGCCCAAGUCGCAGCAGCUGGCGGUGGUGGUCUUCGUGAUGGCGAUGCUCUUCUUGGAGAACCAGAUCCAGAAGCUGGAGGAGUCCCGCGCCAAGCUAGAAAGAGCUAUUGCAAGACAUGAAGUUCGAGAAAUUGAGCAGCGACAUACGAUGGAUGGCCCUCGGCAAGAUACAGCUUCUGAUGAGGAUGAGGACAUGGUGAUCAUUUAUAACAGAGUCCCCAAAACUGCAAGCACCUCUUUUACCAAUAUUGCCUAUGACCUGUGUGCAAAGAAUAAAUACCAUGUUCUUCACAUCAAUACUACCAAAAAUAACCCAGUGAUGUCACUACAAGAUCAGGUGCGCUUUGUAAAGAAUAUAACUUCCUGGAAAGAGAUGAAACCGGGCUUUUAUCAUGGACAUAUUUCUUAUUUGGAUUUUGCAAAGUUUGGUGUGAAGAAGAAACCAAUUUACAUUAAUGUCAUAAGGGAUCCUAUUGAGAGGCUUGUUUCUUACUAUUACUUUCUGAGAUUUGGAGAUGAUUAUAGACCGGGGUUAAGGAGACGAAAACAAGGAGACAAAAAGACCUUUGAUGAAUGCGUAGCUGAAGGCGGUUCAGACUGUGCUCCAGAGAAACUAUGGCUUCAAAUCCCCUUCUUCUGUGGCCACAGCUCAGAAUGCUGGAAUGUGGGAAGCAGGUGGGCUAUGGAUCAAGCCAAGUAUAACCUAAUUAAUGAAUACUUUCUGGUGGGAGUUACUGAAGAGCUUGAAGAUUUUAUCAUGUUAUUGGAAGCAGCUUUGCCCCGGUUCUUCAGAGGUGCUACAGAACUCUAUCGUACAGUAGGAAAGAAAUCUCAUCUUAGGAAAACAACAGAGAAGAAACUCCCCACUAAACAAACCAUUGCAAAACUACAGCAGUCUGACAUUUGGAAAAUGGAGAAUGAGUUCUAUGAAUUUGCAUUAGAACAGUUUCAGUUCAUCAGAGCCCAUGCUGUACGAGAAAAAGAUGGAGACCUCUACAUCCUUGCACAAAACUUUUUCUAUGAAAAGAUUUACCCUAAAUCGAACUGAAUACCAAGGUGUGACUAUUAGAUUCCUGAACUAAAACUUUGACUCUUCAUUUUAUUUCUCAGCUCCACAACCUGGAUUGCUGGUAGUUGUAUAAGACAAUUUAUAUUGAGCCAGUCUAGGAAAAAGACCGUAAUGGCUGAUCUGUUGGUGGUCUAGAAAGUUUUUUAAAUCUCAGCCUUUUUUCUCUUUGGUUAAAUUUUGG